CUGCAAGCUCAGAAGCGCAUUGGAACUCAUGACGGAGCAUUUCAUUGCGACGAGGUUUUGGCAUGUUGGAUGCUGCAUCAAACCAAACAGUUCGCCGACGCUGAAAUCGUGAGAACUCGUGAGGAAAACAAACUCUCAGAGAUGGACAUUGUCGUCGACGUUGGAGCUGUCUUUGACCCUUCAACGCAUCGUUACGAUCAUCACCAGAAAUCAUUUACUGAUACUUUCGAUGAGAAGCAUGUUGUUACAAAGCUUUCGUCUGCAGGACUCAUCUACAAAUACUUCGGGCAAGAGAUUCUUCAGAAUAUCGUGAAGAGCGUUGAUGUCAAUUACGAGAAGCUUUAUCAUUUGGUCUACGAUAAUUUCAUUGAGGAGAUCGAUGCGGUGGAUAAUGGGGUCCAAUGUUAUGCUGCAGAUGCUGUUCCCAAGUAUAAGGUCUCUACCAUGCUCGGUCAACGCGUUGCUCGGUUGAACCCAAGCUGGAAUGAUCAGAGCAAGAAACCAGACGAACAAUUUCAGAAGGCAAUGCAAAUUGUUGGUGACGAGAUGGAAUCCAUCGUCAACUACUACGCCAAAGCAUUUCUGCCAGCACGAUCAAUUGUCUACGAAGCAAUAUCUUCACGCUUAGAUGAUCAUCCAAGUGGAAAGAUUAUUGUUCUUAAAACGGCCUGCCCUUGGAAGGAUCAUCUUUUUGAGAUUGAGAAGGAGCUCCAGGUUUCCAUGUAUACACUUGCCAAUGUGCUGUAUGCAGUGUAUGAGGACCAAGGAGGGUCAUGGCGAGUCCAGGCCGUACCUGAGCGACCUGAAUCGUUCCAUUGCCGCAAGGCGUUGCCGGAAGCCUGGCGCGGAAUUCGAGACCAGGCCUUGAGUGAUCUUACCGGAGUACAAGGUUGCAUCUUCGUGCACGCGACAGGCUUCAUAGGAGGAGCACAGACGCGGUGA